GGAAUAUGAUGAAGAGGAAGAAGAGGACGAUGACAGGCCCAGGAAAAAACCUCGGCACGGUGGCUUCAUUUUGGACGAAGCCGAUGUUGAUGACGAGUAUGAAGAUGAAGAUCCAUGGGAGGACGGAGCUGAAGACAUCUUGGAGAAAGGUGAGCAAUUACAAAAGGCCCUUUGUGAACAUUAAUUUGUGCAUGUUUUCUUGUAAUUGCAAUGCUUACUCUGGAUUACUUAUUUAUUAGAUAUUUACUGUUCAGAUUUCUCAUACUUUAGUAGAAAUAUUUUGGAGAGUAACAGAUGUUUCCAGAAUCUUUAAAACACGGGUAUUCAUUGAAUUGUCUCUCUGAAUGUAGUGCAGAAUCGUUACUACUGAAAUGAAAUAGGCCUACAUUAUUAAGAUACUGCCCCCUAAAUAGGUCUGUUUUAAGUGUUUUAGUGAGUUAGAGAUGUGAUAUCUGUUUAUACGUGGCUGUUAUGUACUGUAAAUUCAUAUGCAUUGUGGCUAAACAAAUGUAAUUAAAUGGAGGCAUUUAUUGCUAAAAUAAUAAUGAACUGAAUUUAAUGUAGUGUAAAACAUUGUUGAAAUUGAUGCAGUUAUUUGAAUGUAUGCUCUGCGCUCAUUGAUUCUUUAUUUCUUGUGCAUGCCUCCUUCAGUUAACGGUAAACCAACUCCAGAUUUCUUUGUUUUCUGUCUAAUUGAAUUGGUUAAUUCUCAGAUCAUUGUUUCACAUUAAAAUCCAUGCCCAUAUUUUGCACCCCCUCUAACAUUUGUCUGUGAUGUUUAAAGCUGUUUGUCUAAUUUACUUACAUUUCUAACAAGGAGCAUGGACGGCAAAUACAUUUUUAGUUUUCUUUUUUCUGAAUUUGUUUUUUUUUUUUUUUUUUUUUUUUUUUUUACAUUUUCAGUAAGGGUAAGGUUAAUAAAGGCUGCUCAUAUAGGCUAAAAAUGUAAAAUGCACGUGUCAUUGAUAGGUUAACAGGGGUCUGUACAUGGGGGGUAGGCUAAUCGAGUUCAAAAAGGGAAUAAAAUAUGAUCAUUUGCCUGAAAAUGCUCCUUUAAACAUUAAAGAAAACCCAAAUCUUCAUUUUUUUUUUUUUUAUAGUAUUUGCAUCUACUUAUUGUAUUGCAUCAGCUAACAGUGACAUGACAUCAGCAUCACGUAGUUUCCAUCUUCAAAAUAUGUCAAAUGUUGUGAAAGCUUGUCCAUCAGUGGUAAUAUUCCCCUUUUUUUUUUUAUUUCUGUGUACUCCUUCCUGCAUUUGCUCUGUGCAUUUGACAUUUAUUAUGGCUCAUGUUCCUCCCUCUGCAAAUCAACACUGGAUUUGAGCAGAGGAGGCUGAAGUUUCCAACAUUGACCAUGUAGUUCUGGAUGAGGAUCACUCUGGUUCCAGGAGGUUGCAGAAUCUCUGGAGGGACUCACGAGAGGAAGCUCUGGGGGAAUACUACAUGAGGAAAUAUGCCAAGUCCUCAGGAGGCGAGCAUUUCUAUGGUGGCUCUGAAGAUCUUUCUGAUGACAUCACCCAGCAACAGUUGCUUCCUGGUGUCAAGGAUCCUAAUUUGUGGACUGUUAAAUGUAAGAUUGGAGAGGAGAGAGCAACCGCCAUCGCCCUGAUGCGGAAAUUCAUUGCUUAUCAAUGCACGGACACACCACUUCAAAUAAAAUCCGUGGUGGCCCCUGAGCAUGUCAAAGGUUAUAUCUACGUGGAGGCAUAUAAACAGACCCAUGUCAAGGCUGCCAUUGAGGGUAUUGGCAACCUGCGCAUGGGAUUCUGGAACCAGCAGAUGGUGCCUAUUAAAGAGAUGACAGAUGUCCUGAAAGUGGUUAAGGAAGUGACUAACCUAAAGCCCAAGUCUUGGGUUCGUCUUAAGAGAGGCCUUUAUAAAGAUGACAUUGCCCAGGUGGACUAUGUCGAACCGAGCCAAAACACGAUCUCGCUGAAAAUGAUUCCUCGUAUUGAUUUGGACCGAAUCAAAGCAAGGAUGAGCAUGAAAGACUGGUUUGCAAAGAGAAAGAAGUUUAAGAGACCUGCUCAGAGGCUUUUUGAUGCUGAAAAGAUCAGGUCUAUUGGUGGUGAGGUCAGCCAUGAUGGUGAUUUCAUGAUAUUUGAAGGCAACCGCUACAGCCGCAAAGGUUUCCUGUUCAAAAGUUUUGCCAUGUCUGCUGUGAUCACAGAAGGGGUCAAACCCACACUGUCAGAGCUGGAGAAGUUUGAGGACCAACCUGAGGGUAUUGACCUGGAAGUGGUCACAGAGACCACAGGUAAAGAGCGAGAACAUAAUCUUCAGUCAGGAGACAAUGUGGAGGUGUGUGAGGGAGAAUUGAUCAACCUUCAGGGCAAAAUCCUGAGUGUUGAUGGUAACAAGAUUACCAUCAUGCCUAAGCAUGAGGACCUCAAGGACCCUCUUGAGUUUCCAGCUCACGAGUUGAGGAAGUACUUUCGUAUGGGCGACCACGUGAAGGUUAUCGCGGGGCGUUUUGAAGGUGACACAGGCCUCAUAGUCCGAGUGGAGGAGAACUUUGUCAUUCUUUUCUCUGACCUCACCAUGCAUGAGUUGAAGGUCUUGCCGCGGGACCUGCAGCUGUGCUCUGAGACUGCCUCAGGUGUAGAUGCAGGAGGUCAGCAUGAGUGGGGAGAGCUGGUACAGUUAGACCCCCAAACUGUGGGUGUUAUUGUCAGGCUGGAGAGAGAGACCUUCCAGGUUCUGAACAUGCACGGGAAAGUUUUAACAGUGCGGCAUCAGGCAGUGAACCGACGGAAGGACAACCGCUUCGCUGUCGCUCUUGACUCUGAGCAAAACAACAUCCACGUGAAGGAUAUUGUGAAAGUCAUCGAUGGACCUCACUCGGGCCGUGAAGGUGAAAUCCGCCAUCUCUUCAGAGGCUUUGCAUUUCUUCACUGUAAGAAGCUAGUUGAGAAUGGAGGCAUGUUUGUCUGUAAGACACGCCACCUCGUUCUAGCGGGGGGCUCAAAGCCCAGAGAUGUGACCAAUUUCACAGUGGGAGGCUUUGCUCCAAUGAGUCCACGGAUCAGCAGCCCAAUGCACCCAGGAGGAGGUGGUCAGCAGCAUAGAGGAGGAGGUGGAGGCAUGGGUCGGGGCCGUGGACGACGAGACAAUGAUCUGAUUGGCCAGACUGUCCGUAUAUCCCAGGGACCAUACAAAGGCUAUAUUGGAGUAGUAAAGGAUGCCACAGAAUCAACAGCUAGGGUAGAGCUCCACUCAACCUGCCAGACCAUCUCCGUGGACCGCCAGCGUCUUACAACUGUAGGUGCCAAGCGACAUGGAGGAAUGACUUCCACCCAUGGACGAACCCCGAUGUAUGGCUCUCAGACACCCAUGUAUGGAACUGGAUCACGUACCCCCAUGUAUGGUAGCCAGACACCUCUCCAUGAUGGAAGCCGCACUCCUCAUUAUGGCUCACAGACUCCAUUGCAUGAUGGGAGCAGGACGCCAGGUCAAAGCGGUGCAUGGGACCCCAGCAAUCCAAACACACCAUCACGGCCUGAUGAUGAUUUUGAGUUUGGCUAUGAUGAUGAGCCCUCUCCAUCUCCUCAAGGCUACGGUGGCACGCCCAACCCUCAGACUCCUGGUUACCCAGAAGUGCCCUCCCCACAGGUCAACCCACAGUACAACCCUCAGACUCCUGGGACCCCUGCCAUGUACAACACCGACCAGUAUUCCCCAUACGCAGCACCCUCUCCGCAGGGAUCCUACCAGCCCAGUCCCAGCCCACAGAGUUACCAACAAGUGGCCCCAAGCCCAGUUGGAUACCAAAACACACACUCUCCCGCCAGUUACCACCCCACCCCCUCACCCAUGGCCUACCAGGCCAGUCCGAGCCCCAGCCCGGUAGGAUACAGUCCAAUGACUCCUGGAGCUCCAUCUCCAGGAGGCUACAACCCUCACACCCCUGGAUCUAACAUCGACCAGGCCUCUAAUGACUGGGUCACCACAGACAUCAUGGUACGUGUUAAAGACACAUUCCUGGAUGGGGGCAUCAUCAACCAGACCGGUGUCAUCCGCAGUGUCACUGGGGGGAUGUGCUCGGUUUUUCUUCAAGACACAGAAAAGGUGGUUAGCAUUUCAAGUGAACACCUGGAGCCUGUAACGCCAACCAAAAACAACAAGGUGAAGGUGAUUCUGGGAGAGGACAGAGAGGCCACAGGUGUCCUGCUCAGUAUUGAUGGUGAAGACGGCAUUGUUAGAAUGGAGCUGGACGAGCAACUGAAGAUUCUCAAUCUUCGCUUCCUUGGGAAAUUGGAAGUGUAAAGAACCACACGUCAGUU